AAGAGCACCUCAUCUUCUACCUCGAGCACUGUGGAUUGCUCAUCACACUCUGAGAACCAAAAAAGCCAAUCAACCAACAAACAAUGAUGAUCAUCGAGCCUCCCAUCGCCGUCCGGUUCAACGUCGGCGCCGCAGCUCGCUCCGCCGCCGGCGCACUUCAUAACCGUUCAAUGUGGAGCGCGGAUGACGUUAACGGCGCCGGUUAUGUUGCGUCGUGCCGGCUUGCUUGUAGCUGCGGUUUCGACGUGCCUUGGGUAAGAAGUAAAAAAUACACUGGCGCUCCCUUCACGAGAAGAAACAAACUUGCAAAGAAUAGAAUCCGAGCAUCAUCAGAGAAUCUGGGCUCAGCUCAGGAUCCUAUUAAGAAAGAUGAGAAGGCAUCCUAUCAUCCAUUUGAAGAAAUUGCUGCAUCAACAUCAGAGAAAAGUGGAGAUGCUAGACUCACUGCAGCAGAAACAAGUAGAACAAUUAUUGAGGUCAACAGCAAAGCAACACUAAUGUUCUCAAGUUUGAUUGAUGAAGAAUUUGAUGAAAAUAUUAUUUGGCCAGAUUUGCCUUAUUUGACUGAUGAACAUGGAAAUAUAUACUUUCAAGCGAAAAACGGUGAAGAUGUUUUGCAAUCCUUAACUUCAGAAAAUAAGUUUGUGCAAGUCAUUGUUGGUGUGGAUACCAUGGAAAUGAUCUCCGAGAUGGAUUUAUCUGGUCCUUCAGAAAUUGACUUCGGGAUUGAAGAAAUUGAUGAUCAAGAUACUGAUGAUUUAGAUGACAGCGAUGAAGAGGAAGAAGAUGAAGAUGAGAACGAGGAUUCUGACACGGAAUGGGUGGCUGUUCUUUCAGAUGAGGAUGAGCAAGAAGACUCUGAUGAAACACUUGCAGACUGGGCAAAAUUGGAGACUAUGCAAUCUUCUCAUCCGAUGUUUUUUGCCAAAAAGUUGGCUGAGAUUGCUUCAGAUGAUCCAAUUGAUUGGAUGGAGCAGCCUCCAGCUUGUGUAGCUAUCCAAGGGGUUAUAAGACCUGCUUUUGUUGAAGAACAUUCUACAAUACAGAAGCAUCUAUCUGCCAGUCAAUCCAGUAAUACUGACAUGAGUAAAUCCUUAGAAAAUAAAGGGGAAAAUAUUGGUGCGAUUAAUGGUCAUGUGCAUGAUUCAGGGUCAUUUGUAGAUAAUGCAGCAAAACAGGUGGAGAAUAAUGGGAAUAGUGAUAUCCCCUUUAAUGAGACUUCAUUUUACAAAUUGGAGAUGGUUAAGAUUCAAGUGUUUUCAGCACAUGGAAAUCCUACUGUCCUUGAAUUAGAAGACUACAUGAAAGCUCAACCUGAUGCUAUUGCACACUCAGCUUCCAAAAUCAUAUCUCGUUUGAAAGCUGGUGGAGAAAAGACCUUACAAGCCCUUAAGUCUCUGUGUUGGAGAUGCAAGGGUAUUCAAGUGGAGGAGGCACAACUUUUCUGUAUAGACUCCCUUGGGUUUGACCUAAGGGUUUGUUCAGGAACUCAAGUUCAAACUCUGAGAUUUGCAUUCAAGAAAAGGGCCACGUCAGAGUACAGUGCUGAGAGACAACUCAAUGAUUUAUUGUUUCCGAGAAUUCCCCCAAAGCAGCAAAAAAUGAAGCAGACAAAUCAAAAUGAAUGUUAAAGUUGUUUAAGUGUAAUAUCUGGCGUGAUUUUUGUAUGGCUUUUAUGCUUUUGGCCAAUGAUUGUGUAUAGAAGUGAAAUGCAGGGGAAAAGAUCCCUUGCAGAUGCCAAUCAGGUUUAUGUAAUUUUCAUUAAAUUUAAUCAAUA